UACUCCUAUUUGCAUUUGAUUUUCAGCAAAACCCUUGCUUAUUUUCCCUCCCAAAAAGAUAGUGCGAAUUUGAAGUAAAGAUCGAACGGAGGAAAAGGGGAAAAUGACACCAGUAAUGGCUGCCGGUGCGGUGGCCAAACAAGCGGAACAUCGGAAGCAAGAUGGCAAUGUUCUCUUCCAGAAUAAUCAAUUUAUCGCUGCCAUUCAUGCAUACACGGAGGCUAUUACCUUGUGCCCCAACGUUCCCAUCUAUUGGACCAAUCGCGCUUUGUGCCAUCUGAAACGCAAUGACUGGACAAGCGUAGAGGAAGAUUGUAGGACGGCUGUUCAGCUUGAUCAGAGUUCUGUUAAGGCGCACUAUAUGUUGGGUCUUGCAUUACUACAGAAAGAACAAUAUGCGGAUGGAGUAAGAGAAUUAGCAAAGGCAUUGGAUCUCGGAAGAGGUGCUAAUCCAAAGAGUUACAUGGUUGAAGAGAUCUGGCAGGAGCUUGCAAAAGCAAAAUACUUGGAGUGGGACCAUGAAUCUUCGAGACGCACUUUGGAACUUAAGAAAUUGAAAGAAGCCUGUGAGUCAGCCCUCAAGGACAAACAUGAGCUUCACUGCUCUCAGAUGGAAGGGUUUAUAGGCAAUAGAUCGACAUCCCUGUUGAAGCAACUGGAUGCCUUAGGCAGGGUUUUCAGGAUCGCUGCAGAAGACGAUACUCCCACCGAGGUACCAGAUUACCUAUGCUGUAAGAUCACGCUUGACAUUUUACGUGACCCUGUCAUUACGCCCAGUGGGGUUACAUAUGAAAGGGCACUGAUCCUUGAUCAUCUGCAGAAGGUUGGAAAAUUUGACCCGGUUACUCAACAACCCCUCAAGGAAUCUCAGCUGGUGCCAAAUUUGGCCAUAAAAGAAGCUGUACAUGCAUUUUUGGAUAAGCAUAGCUGGGCAUACAGGAUGGGCUGAACCUCUUUCUUGGUUUGGUUGGUGCGUGUAAUUGCUGAUGCUACUAAUACCAAGAGAUGGAGGGGUGGUUGGAGCUGGGGGAGUGAGUCUACUAGUUCUCUCAUAUUGGACUGUCACAUCCGGCCUUAUGCAGCAUUAACCCUGGUUUACCGUGUAAUAUUUGUUCUUACAGUUGUAUAAGAUGGUCUGUUGUUGUUCAUUAUCUGUACAGUGUCCGUAGCCAUUUUUUUGUAUGGCGUUAUAGCAAACUUGUUGAUUACAUGAAAAGGAAAAUUAAAAGCAUUAACUGAAUUUGUUCCCGUGUGGAGAAACACUUCUCUUGAAUGGUGCAUGUG